GUCUCCCAUUCCAUCCCAUUCUCAACGCUGAAUGCGGGAACGUCAUUAUAAUAUCAAUACUCUGACCUCGUGGACUCUUACAUACAAGGAUUCGAAGGCUUUUGAGCUAUUAUGGACCCAUUCCAAGACCACAACAUAGCCUCUUUUACUUCUGGGUUAGCAGGGCGUCGAUCAUCGUCGUCCCAGACAUCUCCCUCUUGGUCAACUUCAUCAUCGACAAGAUCAUAUCUGCCAGACGAUGAUCAAGACUUUGAACCUGGAAGGUUGCCCCGUUCCUUCGGUGCAGAGGCGUUCGAUGUAGGGACUGAAUUGACAUGUUAUCCAUCAUACCAAACAAGCAGUCCAGACACUCAGACCUUGCUCAAAAUCCAGAACGCCAGGUCUUCAGUUUUAUCAGUCACGUCUUCAUCCUCUUCAGAAACGGACGAUGAUCGGUCAACCCAAAGACUACACCAGAUCAACGCGGUCGUCAAAGCUUUCUGGGAACUACCAGUUAUUCGUGACAUAACCUGGCCGUUUCAGUGGCUUAGCCGCCGAUUCAAAGACGUCUCUUCGAACAGCCGGUUCCAUGGUUGGCGUAUGGGUGUUCUACUAGGCUCCUUUGCUUCGUCGCUUGUUCUUUGCUGCAACAUAGGCAUCCUGGUAUUCGGCUCACUACGGCACGGCUCCGCGGACAACUUUACCGUGCUAUCAACUGGAAAAGCCAAAGACAUGUCUUGGUGGUCUAGCGCUAUCCAUAUCGUGAUCAAUGCGCUCAGUACAGUUCUUCUAGCUGCUUCUAACUACACCAUGCAGGUACUGAGUUCGCCAACAAGAAGAGAUAUUGAUCGAGCUCAUUCUGCACAUCAUUGGCUUGAUAUCGGGAUCCUUAGCGUUCAUAACUUCAGCUAUAUCCCAACCCGAAGAAAGUUCCUGUGCGUCAUCAUGGUAUUGUCCUCUAUACCUAUACACUUAUUCUACAACUCUGCAGUCUUUUACAUCGGUGCAGACAACAUGUACAACAUCUCCAUGCUACCAACAGACUCUAUCGAGUACGAAAGUCUAUCACGUCAGGCAGAUACAGCCACCAACGACGAUCGCAAUGUAACACUCGAUAACAGCAGAAUAGACAGUGCAUACUAUGGGGACACCAGUUUCCAUGAGUAUGGAGACUUGUACCUUGCGAUCGACGGGUACUUUCAUGGAAACAAGUCGGAGCUUCCAGAACUGGGUGAGAAUGGCUGGCCGUUUAGCGGUCCAGAAGUACUUUGGAAUCCGAACGCAUCCUGGCCCUUUGAAAUAGAACGCGAUUUAUACCUCAACCGAAGUAUCAUCAAUGGUACUUGGACGUAUGUCAGAAUUAAUUCGACAAUCGCUGCCUCUCCGGAAGACGUCAACCAGAUGUGGGCUCGUUACACUCACGGAUUCGCAGAAUUUCACGUCAAAACAUCCAGCCGCAUCGAGCUAAGUCUCACCUUCAUGGCGAUUGUGAUCGUCUGUAACGUCGUGAAGCUGUUUACGAUGUUGUGGGUGGUUUUCAUGGAAAAUCUGGACUAUAUCGUUACGGUCGGAGAUGGAGCAGCCUCAUUUCUAGCUUAUCCCGACUCAACGACUAGGGGCAUGUGUGUGUCAACAAAACACGAAGUCAUCGCCAAAGUUGGGGUUGUAACAGACAAUUCAAAAGAAGACCAAGAUCUACUCGCGAUUAUAAUUCGUAAAUGUGGCAAUCUUUGGGCCAAACGACGCAGUCAAUAUUCCACUGCCCUCGACAGAGAUCGAGUAUAUACCUCGUACGCCAUCUUUGCGAUUGGCUGCGCACUCUUCUACGGUCUAGUGAUACUACUCUCGACUCUGGGACUCACAAGUCCUAGAUGGGGAUCCUCAAGCCUUACCGCGUUCCGCAAAACUGAAACAUCCGCGCAGGCCACACUUUUGAACGCGUGGCUUGCCAAUAUCGCCCAGUUGGUGCUUUCCUACUUUUAUCUCGCUAUCAACAGCGAAUGUACCGCUAUGGCUGGAGCUGCGGAGUGGAAUAACUUGGCAGUCUCGCGCAAAGGCCUACGUGUUACUCGUCCCGUCGGGGACCAACGCGAGAAGUACAUUCUCCAGCUGCCAUAUCGCUGGUCCCUUCCUCUAGCUGCAGUGAGCGGUGGUUUACAUUGGCUAUUAUCUCAGAGCAUCUUUAUUGUCCGCAUCGACGCUUAUGAUCGAGAGGGAAAGAUCAUGCAGGGUGAUUCUCUAUCCGCAAUCGGGUUCUCGGCAGUAAGCUUCAUAACUUUGAUUCUGUGCUUUUAUGCCCUUGUAGGAUCCGUGGCCUGGAUAGGGCGAAGACAGAUGAGGGUUCGAAUACCCUUCGCGGCAUCUUGUAGUCUAGUCAUGAGUGCGGCAUGUCAUCCAUCACCAGACGACAUCGAUCCUCACUUGCGACCUGUCCAGUGGGGCGUCACGGAGGGUGAUAUGUUUGAAGGGGAAAAGCACUGUUCACUUUCAUCGAAAACUGUAACAAGACCAAAGGUUGGAGAGAAAUAUCUUUGAGUCAUCAGCUAAAAGAUGAUCAACUUGAAUAUGAAUUCAUGAUCGACAUGAGGCGUUGGCAUACGAAUUACAACUAUUGACGUCGCCAAAAGCUAAACCAGCCUCUCCGCGGCUCGUUGAUAACCGGCGCGGUC